GCUUAAUUAGUUCACACAUCAUGUUUGUUGUGACAAUGUUGCAGCUUCUCCUCCUACUCCUCCUACUCCUCUCCAUUUCGCUUGAUGUUUCACACCUCAUUGCUGAAGCAGCAGCAGCAGCAAAGCCACCUGUGUCCUUCAGCUUCAACUUCUCUGAUCCAUCCACCUACAGCCUAGAUGACCUCCUGUUCGAAGGCGACGCGGCCAAGCCGAAAGACGGGCUGGUCGACCUCACCUCCGGCCGCAGUUGUUAUCCCUAUUGCCCCGCCGGCCGGAUGUCGUACGCUCACCCGGUGCAGCUCUACGACGACACCACCGGCGGCGAAAAGGUGGUGGUGGCCAGCUUCUCCACGAGGUUCACCUUCACAAUCAGACCCAUCGACGACGGUAUCAGAGGGGAUGGUCUGGCUUUCUUCCUGGCCAGUUACCCAUCUAAGCUGCCGGCCAACUCGUUCGGCGGCAACCUUGGACUCAUCAAUAACGGGACGACCACCGCCUUCGGUUCGGACCGAUUCAUCGCCGUCGAGUUCGACACAUACAACAACACUUUCGACCCCAAGAGCAUCAACCACAUUGGCAUUGACAUCAACUCCGUCGUCAGUUCCUUGAACACCACACUCUUGCCCAACUUCAGUCUGAACGGGACAAUGACAGCCCACAUCGAAUUCAACGGCAUAACGCAGAUGCUGGUCGCCUCACUGUGGCUCGCUGGCCGUCCAUGGUCUGCAGCGCCUGAUUAUCAGGUGAGUUUACGACUGCCAGAUCCGAUCACGUCGUUGCUCCUGCCGCAGGUGGCCGUGGGUUUUACUGGAGCCACCGCGGACCUCAAGGAGCUCAACCAGAUAAUGUUAUGGUCAUUCAACUCAACUCUUACGCUAGUAAACCAAGACAGACGCAAUAAGGCACUGCUUUUUGGAGGACCGAUCAUCGGAGGAGCUGUUGCAUUGGCGUUAGUGCUGUGGUUCUUGAUCUCUUGUUUGAUGCAGAAGAGGGUACGUAAUACCUUUGGAAAGGGCACAGGCGGCGCCAGGCGAUUCGAAUACGACGAUUUGGCCAUCGCGACUGGCAAUUUCUCUGAUGAUCGCAAGCUCGGAGAGGGGGCCUUUGGGGUAGUGUACAGCGGAUUCCUGAAGCGGUUGGAGCGUGAAGUUGCUGUGAAGAAAAUAGUGAGGGAGUCCAGCCAAGAGCAUAAAGACUUCUUCGCCGAAGUCAGCACUAUCAGCGAAGCUAAGCACAAGAAUCUCGUCAAGUUUUUUGGUUGGUGCUGCCGGGGACACAGCUGGAACAUUCUCCGUUUCAUGUGCAGCUGUUUAUGGAGCAACAAUAAUAAGGAGCUCUUCCUUGUAUAUGAAUUGAUGAAAAAUGGCAACCUCAACGACUACUUGUACAAGAGCGAGUCAGCAGCAGUACUUUCAUGGCAAACAAGGUAUAAAAUAGCCAAGGACAUUGGGUCAGGCCUGUUGUACCUACAUCACGAGUGCUACCCAUAUAUCAUACACAGAGAUAUCAAACCAGGCAACGUACUCUUGGACGACGAUUUCAACGCCAAGCUCGCUGAUUUUGGUCUGUCAAGGGUCGCGAACCCGAACAAUGCAACGCUGAAGACAACUGCCAUAGGCUCACAAGGAUACAUUGAUCCACAGUGCAUGAAGGAUGGUGAGGUCAGCUUCAACCGUAACUCCGACGUGUACAGCUUCGGCAUUGCCCUUCUUGAGAUCGUCUGCGCGAGGAAACACAGGGAGCAGAUCUGGGGCCUAUACAAAAGCGGCGGUGAUGUCGUCGAGGCUGCAGACUCAAGGCUAGCCAUUGGUGUUGAUGGCGCUGAAAGGAGGGAGAUGGAGCGUGCCAUCAUCUUAGGGCUCUGGUGCUCUGUCUUCGAGACUAAACACCGGCCUACCAUGCUCCAAGCAAUGGAUGUCCUGGAGCGUGAUGCGCAGUUGCCUGACCUUAACUUAAUCGUCAACUCUAAUUUAUCUUCAACAGACGCAUCGUCAAGUUCGCCGGUCGAGAAGAGAUAUGACUCUGAGGAGGCACCGCUGGUUGCAGGCAGCUCUUCUAGCCAGCUAGCUGGUCGGUGAGCAUCAUGCUUGUCAAACAAGCUGAGACAACAAAAUUCAAUAAGCCUGGUGUAUCACCAAGACUUCCAUUCUCACGAGAGCUGCUUAGUGCUGACUGCACAUUCUCAUGUUGAUCAGUUUAUCAUGUAAUUGCCUUUUUCAAGAAACUUAUAAACGAAUAGACUACCUAAAUUUGCUGCGUUGCUUUGUACGUAGCCAGAUAUAUUAAACUUAUUUCAAAGUACAUCUAUCUUUGAUUUACAAGCUCUGCUUCAACUGAUAUAGAUAAAA